AUGGUCCUCAACGUAUUCCGUGUUGCUGCGGAUUUCUCGCAUUUGGCGAGUAUCCUGAUCUUGCUACACAAGAUGACCCAGCUUAACAGCUGUUCCGGCAUCUCGUUCAAAUCACAAGCCCUCUAUCUCUUCGUCUAUGUGACGCGAUAUCUCGACCUUUUCUCGACAGAGAGUUUAUACAACUUGGCGUUUAAAAUCAUGUUCAUCGGAUCCCAGGGAUACAUCAUCUACCUCAUGACCAACGCCUACAAGCCUACAAACGAUCCCAACGUGGACACCUUCCGCGUUCAGUACCUCCUCGCUGGCGCCGCCGUGCUGGCCGUUCUGUUCCCUUACAAGUACACCUUUUCCGAAAUCAUGUGGGCCUUUUCCAUCUGGCUGGAGUCUGUGGCCAUCCUUCCCCAGCUCUUCAUGCUUCAGAGAACUGGCGAGGCUGAAACCAUCACGACGCACUACUUGUUCGCCUUGGGUAUCUACCGAGCCCUGUACAUUCCUAACUGGAUCUACCGGUAUUUCAUGGACACUCACUACAAGACCGAUUGGAUCGCCAUCAUUGCCGGUAUCAUUCAGACUGUCUUAUACAGUGACUUCUUCUACGUCUACUACACCAAAGUCCUCAAGGGCAAGAAGUUCAAGCUCCCCGUCUAA